CCAACCUGCAGCUCGCCCGGAAAGACCGAAUCUCCCCAAACUCAGAGACGCUAAACACCGUCGUCCUGGAAACCGACUCAGUGGUCUCAGAGCCCUGCGACCAGCUUUCCUGUGUCACCACCCCAGGCAGGCCACCAAGCUCCAGGAGGAGGACCCUGAGGACUCUGAUGAAGAAUGGACUCCAAGGCAGCAAGACUGUGGAUGCCGACCAGAGUCUGAUGAUAAGGAAGGGCGUGGAUGGCCAGUAUGUGCACCGGCUGGGAGGAUACCAGAGAAAGGAGUGAAACCUUGGGUGGCCUUCAGAAUGGAACAAAGUAAACACCAGAAGGUAUUUCCCAAAUCCUGUUGACAAGAAAAUUUUCCUCAUGGACAGAAAUGCAGAACUCAGUAGAAAGGAAAUGGACGUGAAGAUGUACAACCUACAAGAAAGAAAGGACUGUGGGUACCAAGAGGUCACCGAGCCCCAGGAUGAUGACUACCUCUAUUGUGAGAAGUGUCAGAACUUCUUCAUCGACAGCUGUGCUGUGCAUGGACCCCCUACAUUUGUAAAGGACCGAGCAGUGGACAAGGGGCAUCCCCACCGCCCAGCCCUCACCCUGCCCCCUGGGUUGAGAAUCGGGCCAUCCUGCAUCCCUGAGGCUGGGCUUGGAGUGUGGAAUGAGGCAGCUGAUUUGCCAGUGGGUCUGCACUUUGGCCCUUAUGAAGGACACAUCACAGAAGAUGAAGAGGCAGCCAAGAGCAGAUACUCCUGGCUGAUCGCCAAAGGGAGAAACUGCUAUGAGUAUGUGGAUGGAAAGGACAGAUCCUGGGCCAACUGGAUGAGGUUUGUGAACUGUGCCCGGGAUGAUGAAGAGCAGAACCUGGUGGCCUUUCAGUACCACAGGCAGAUUUUCUACCGAACCUGCCGGGUCAUCAGGCCGGGCUGUGAGCUGCUGGUCUGGUGCGGGGACGAGUAUGGCCAGGAGCUGGGCAGCAAGUGGGGCGGCAAGUGGAAGAGAGAGCUCAUGGCCGGAAGAGCAGAACCAAAGCCAGAGGUGCACCCAUGUCCCUCCUGCUUUCUGGCCUUCUCCAGUAAGAAAUUCCUCAGCCGACAUGUGAAACUCAGUCAUCCCUCUCAGAUUCUCCAGGGAACAUCUGCAAGAAAACAGCUCCAAGCAGAGGAACCCUGUCCAGAGGAUCAGAAUCAGCAGCAGCAACAUACUAGUACGCACAGCUGGAAUGAUAAAGCUGAAGGUCAAGAGGUCAAAGAAAGGUCCAAACCUUUGCUUAAAAGGAUCAGUCAGAGGAGAAUCUCAAGACCCUUUUUCCAACCUUCCAAAGAACAAAUGAGCUCUAGUGAGCACGAGAGACUGAUGGAAGAAGAGCCCCGGAGAGGCCAGAAAGAGAAUCCAGAGGACACAGAUCUAUUUUUCAAGAUGACCAAAUGGGGUCUGAAGCAAGAUAAAGAUUCAGCAUACCUACGUUUGAGUAGUCCCAGUCCCCGUGCAAGCUGAUACCGCUUUUACCUGCUAAUUGAUGUGUAACUUCUCCCCCAUCUCAGCAGCUACUGGUAUACAAGUCCGCAGGACAAAGGCCCUGAUGCCCUUGCCUCACUCUCAUCUCAGCAAGACCUGUCCUCUUCCGUGAAAACAUAUCACUAAUAAACCCUGCUUGCGUGCUAAUACACUUGCUGAU